GGAGCGAGGUUCCGGGUUGUUUUAACCUUGGCAGUGCUGGAAGACAGAGUGGAGUAUAUGGGAACCUGCAAUGGUGAGACUGCUGAGACUAUCGUUGCCCCAUCUAGUGGCCAGCAGAUAUCAUUACCACGAUGCAGGCCAAGGGAGGCGUCACUUAGUCUCUAAGAUUUAUCAUCCGGGAAGUCUGUGGAAGGAAAGUUCUUCAGAAGCGCAGCAAAAAUCCAAUGAGCCCACCAGCAGGAGUCAAAGACUCAUGACCAAAGCAGGCUUAAUACGGCCCUCCAGCCCCGGCUGCUUCCAUUACUUGCCCUAUACUGUACGAGCCAUGGAGAAGCUAAUUCGCCUUGUCGAUCACGCCAUGCAUGACAUUGGAGGACAGAAGAUGGACAUGACCACGCUUUGCUCUGCUGCUCUUUGGAGAAAAAGUGGACGCUGGGAUUUAGUUGGAAAGGAACUGUUCUGUCUGAUGGACCGACACAACCAGGAAUACUGCUUGGGACCCACACAUGAAGAGUCUAUUACCCACCUUGUUGCCACCGAAGGGGGAGUCGGCUACAAACAGCUUCCUCUGCUGCUCUAUCAGAUCACUCGGAAAUUCAGAGACGAGAAGAGGCCGUGCUUUGGCCUGCUGCGCGGCAGGGAGUUUUACAUGAAGGACAUGUAUACUUUUGACGUAACCGAGGAAGCUGCCCACCGAACGUACAACAGCGUGUGCGAGGCCUACUGCAAACUUUUCCACACUCUUGGCUUGAAGUAUGUGAAAGUCCAGGCAGAUACGGGAAACAUUGGGGGGAAAAUGUCACACGAGUUCCAUCUACCUGCCAGCAUUGGUGAAGACAAGUUGAUGGUGUGUGGGAGUUGUGACUUUGCAGCCAACGUGGAGACCUUGACAGCAGAGGAGAAUACCUGUCCGGUAUGUUCUGGAAACCUGGUGGAGAGCAAAGGCAUUGAGAUAGGUCACACGUUCUACCUGGGAACCAAAUACUCCCUUGCGUUUAAUGCUGUCUGUUACGAUCAACAGAACACACCCACCAUUGCUGAAAUGGGAUGCUAUGGCAUUGGCAUAUCAAGACUUUUGGCAGCAUCAAUAGAAGUUCUUUCCACUGAGGAGGACAUUCACUGGCCAAGUCUAAUUGCUCCAUACCAGAUAUGUCUUAUUCCCCCCAAAAAGGGAAGCAAAGAGAGUGCAGCAUUAUCGGCAGUAGAGGAACUCUAUGAUGCCGUAGGUGCAAUCCAUCAUUUAAGAGAUGAGGUGGUUCUAGACGAUCGGGAUCAUCUGACUAUAGGAAAAAGGGUAAAGGAAGCCCAUGUGAUGGGCUAUCCCUAUGUAAUUGUAGUGGGCAAAAAGGCUUUGGAGAGUCCACCACAGUUUGAAGUUCAGAACCACAGAACUGGUGAGGUCCAGUACUUCUCUAAGGAAGGCCUGUUGGACUUUGUGCAGGGAGUCCAGGUGGUCUAAGUAAAGAUUUACAUUG